AUGGUUACUUCUUCAAGUUCAUCAACAAAACGUCGUCUUCUUUCAUGUAAAGACAAAGAAAAUAAUCAUAACGAUAACAGUAAUGAUAAUGCAAAAAAAACGAAGAUGAUAUUCGAUGAUCAAAUGAAAAUUCGAAAUGAAGUAAUUGAAGCAUUUCUGAAGUGUAAUCUGGAAGUUCCUAUUCAAAUAAUUGCUAAGACUUUUAACGAUGCAAUUGGUCGAUUAGAAACCAAUAAAAUCAAUAGGAAUGAUGUAGAACAUCGAAAAGAAUUCUAUAUGCGUUUGUCUCAACAUCCUGAUCGCCGUUAUACUCGAAAUCGUAGUCAAACAUAUAUCUUUCCUGAUCUCAUCAAUUAA